GUAGCUAGAGCGAUAGUUAGAAGAGUGUCUGCUCGUUGAUCCAUCCAUCCAUCCAUCGCGUAAACAGCAAUCGAAUCUGUGUGUCUGUGUCUGUCUGUGUGUGGGUACCGAACGACAAUGGCAGCGACAGCUAGCGGUGGUCUCUCUCUCUCUCUCUGUCUCUUCUUGUCAAUGGCGACUGACUGACGGCUGUGUGUAUCUCUCUCUUGAACAAACCGAUACAUGCAGUGUCAGAACCAAACAAACUCGCCCAAACAAACAAACAACACAUACACACCGACACGGCAAAGGCAGGCAGAGACACUGCAGACAGAAGCAAACCCCUCCCUCCCUCAAAGUUCCAGCCCCUGCUUGCGGUUCAGGUAUUGCAGACACAGAAACGCCACACCGCGGAAGCCCACACCUGCACACACACAAAGGUACCUUUGUGUGGGUCACAGUGGGUGUGUGUUGAAGGGCCUGGCUAGGCCGACCUAGUCCGAGGAGUAUGAAGCACAGAGUCCAGAAGUUCUGUUUCUCCAGGUCGAAGAACUCCAGCACCCCGUCGCCGCCGUCAAUGUCGUCCUGGAAGCGGUCGUUGCCCUCAAACUCGUUGACCAUUAUGCCAAAGAAAGAGUAACUGCACACACAGUACAAACCGGCAGCCAGAGGCAGAGGAGAGAGAGAGAGAGAGAGAGAGAGAGGGAGGGCGAGAGAAAAGUGCGCGUGGAUGGCUGGGGUGUCUGUCUGUGCUGUGUGGACCAUUCUUGUCUGUCAUCCCUUUCACUUUUCACUUUUACUACACACCGGAUAUAGCUGAUGUACUUGAUCCAUGCGAUCCUGACAGACAAACGGACAGACAGACAGACAGACAGACACCCAGAGGGAGCAACAAGGCAUGGAUACUACGGUAGUCCACAUCGCACGGCGUGUCCGUCUGCCUGACUCACCAUGGCGGGAUGUCCCCGUCCUUCAGGUAGUACCCAGAGGUCAGCUACACACACCCACACCCCACACACACAGAGAGCCCAUCAACAGACCAAGACACAUCCGCUUUUCAGACACACUGACCGACACACUCACUCACCCACCAUGAGUAUGACCAUCAACAUCCCAAUGAAGAUGUUCCCUAUGUCAGGCGAGGGCGAGGCGGCGGCGACGGAGACCAUGAGGGCGAACGAGGCGAAGACGGUGAUGUUGGAGAUGAGGAGGAACUUCAAAAAGUACACGAUGCCGGGGCGGAGACCCACCAUGAAGUAAAAUAUGGCGCAGAAACACGUCGGCGGGAAUUGAGUAUCAGAGACAGACAAGGAGGGAGGGAGG